UGAAACUCGCGACAGACAGGUCGUCCUCUGCUCCGUGGACCCUAUUCCUGCGAUUAUCUGGUUGCUCACAUGGACGGUGAUCCGUGAUCCCCGGUGACCAAGGGUGUUGAAUCCUCAUGCAGGCAGAGGCAGAAACACUGCCCGAGGCUGAUGCCUGAUGGUGCGAUCCCGUUCCCUGUCGCCAUCGAGUUCGUUUUUUCGUUGCUUGACAGCCUUAAAGCGGCGCACGAAUGCCACGAGCCACUGAGGCGGCUUCCCAGUUCACUCCAGGCCCAGGGCGCCCGGUCGCCAUGAACUCCCGCUCCUCCUCCGGCGGCGUGCGGUCCGAGAGCUCGCUGUCGUUGGGGGAGCGCCUCUGCGCGGUCUUCUUCCCCGUCAUCGCCAUCGCCGAGGCCGUUUUCUUCGCCUUCACCGACUGCCUCGCGGACCUCUGCACCGACUCCGGCUCCUCGCACUCGCGCCGCUUCGGCGCGGGCGCGUCCUCCUCCGCCGCCAGGAACAGUCGGAGCAACCAUUGCCAGCCCCACCACAGACCUUUCCUACGCCGCGCCACUGCGGGUGGAUGGACCUCCCCCAACCUCCGCCAGCUCGCACGCCUCGCCGACGAGUCCCGAUGCUUCUCGGUGAACGAGGUGGAGGCGCUCUUUGAGCUCUACAAGAAGAUCAGCUGCUCCAUCAUCGACGACGGCCUCAUCCACAAGGAAGAACUUCAGCUGGCACUGUUCAAAACUCCAAGCGGCGAGAAUCUUUUUCUUGAUAGAGUUUUUUAUUUGUUUGAUGAGAAGAAAAAUGGUGUGAUCGAGUUUGAUGAGUUUAUUCAUUCCCUAAGUGUCUUCCACCCCUUGGCACCAAUUGAAGACAAGAUCGAUUUUGCAUUUAGGUUGUAUGACUUGAGACAAACUGGGUUUAUUGAGCGUGAAGAGGUUAAGCAAAUGGUAAUUGCUAUAUUGAUGGAAUCUGAUUUAAAAUUAUCAGAUGACUUACUCGAGGCCAUCAUAGAUAAGACAUUUGAAGAUGCUGAUGCGGAUAAGGAUGGAAAAAUAAAUAAAGAGGAGUGGAAGGAAUUUGCGUUACGCCACCCUAACCUGUUAAAGAAUAUGACACUGCCUUAUCUGAGGGACAUCACAACCGUCUUCCCUAGUUUCGUCUUCAACACGGCGGUGGAAGAUUAGUCGUUCGAAUUGAAGGCAAUAAAGCAGUAUUGGGGAUUGCUUGAGGUGCACAAGGUUCCUGAAACCUGACGGCUGUUGGUCGCCUUCAACCACUGAGAAUCCGAUGUGUUCUGAGCAUCAAGGCAGCCACCCGACCAUCACUCCUGCUAUAAAUUAUAAUAUAAAUUAUAAGGCUCAUCCGGGGUGGCAGAUCGGCAGCGGGAACUUAGGGGGUGUUUGGGAACAAAGUUUUUCUACAGUUUUGAAAGAAUACUGCAGUAUUCUCAAAUACUGCAGUAUUAUAUACAGAAUGGUGUUUGGCAAGCUAGCUAAAAUCUCAGUUUUUAAAACUGAAGUAUUGCAAAUACUAUAGUAGUUUUAAGCUAUUCUAAACUUAAGUCUGGACCUCAGUUUUUAAAACUGCGGUAUUGUAAACUGCGGUAUUGUCAUGACUAAAGUAUACUGUAGUAUUUCAAAAACUUUGUUCCCAAACAGGGCCUUACCUGAUAUAAUUUCUUGCUGCCGUUUUUUGCGCAGCAAUGGAUUGAGAGUUGGUAGCUGUAGAUACAUCUAGCUUCCAUUCUGUACGUAGGGAUCCAGGAACUGUAAAUACGUUCUAUGGAAUUGUAUCGGAAAGUUCCUAGUACGCCAGCCAGAUCUAGAAUAAGCCAGAGCUUGUUUCUUGCA